CGAGACUUCACGAGACUUAAAAUGGCCGCCACUGUUUUGGAAAAUAUUUCCUGAUUUACAAUUAUUUGUCAAAAACAAGGAGUUGUGCGAUGUCGAGGUCGUUUAAGUCGUACAUAGAUGUACAGGAACCGCCAGAGAAGGCCGAGGCUUCAAAUGUGAUGGAUGCAAAACUGGAGCCAAGUCUCCUUCCAGGUGAAAUUCUAAUAGGAACAGCACACAAUGUUCUCAAGGUCAGUCCCUAUAGCGACCAGAAACAAGGAAGUGGGACAUAUGGCUCCCUCUUUUGCACAAACUUCAAACUAAGCUUCUUAACUGCUGAUAGGUCUUCGUAUGAAUUGAUGGGAUCUAAACAAAGGAAUUUGCUCCUCGAUGAAUAUGACAUCUCUCUAUCUUGUGUCGACACAGUUUAUUCUGUUUCAAAGAAGAAUACAAAGAGAGUGAAACUCAUGGUCGGUGGAAUUCCAAGUAGUACAAAGACGAUAGAAGUCCACUGCAAGAAUUUUAGAAUUUUGACAUUCAGCUUCAAGAUGACUACAAAAGACGAAACAAAAUCUGUUGUCAAUGCCCUAGUUCACCAUGCUUUCCCAGCGCGUCCAGAUUUACUCUUCGCUUUUGACUAUGCCAGCCCAGAAUCAACGAAAGAACUGCCCUACCCCACUGUCAUGUAUGAUAUGCCAUCUCAUUGGGAGGGUGAGCUGAAACGCCUCCACUGUUCCGACAAAUGGAGAGUAACUCUAGUCAAUUCUUCCUACAGUAGGAGUUGUAGUCUGCCCGAGAGCUUUGUCGUGCCAUCUUCAGUGACAGAUCCGGAUAUAACAAAGGGAACAGCGUAUAACAUCAAGAAUCGUGUCUCUACUUGGAGUUACUCCUACGAAAAUGGUGCUUCUUUGGUCAGACUGGCCCGACUCAUUCCAGAUACGGCAAACACACUUUACGAAGAAAAGAUGUGCAAGGCCAUACUUGAAACCAAUCCGGGAAAUACGCAACGAGAACUAAUUACCAAAAAUCUAAACAAACGUCUGCCAACUGUUAAAGAUUUACAGUCAAACUUUGAGAAACUCAAGGAGAUAUGCAUGCCAGGGUCUAAGUCAGAUUGUGCAAGCAAGGAUGCAAGUUGGUAUGCAGAUUUAGAUAACACUGGCUGGUUACAAAUUAUUAGGGAUUGUCUCCAAAUCUCUCGUGAAGUGGCUCAAGCUAUGAUUGGUGGAAAUACUGUUGGAAUUCAAGAAGAGGAGUCUUGUGAUUAUACAUGCAUCAUUACCAGUCUUGUUCAGCUGAUGUUAGACCCACAUUACCGUACCAUAUCAGGCUUCCAAUCGCUCAUACAGAAGGAGUGGAUCGCUAUGGGGCAUCCGUUUCUCACUAGAUGUGGACAUAUCACCAGUCAAGACAUUGAGAAGUCGCCAGUUUUUCUCAUUUUUCUGGACUGUGUAUGGCAGUUGACUCAGAACUUUCCAACAAGUUUUCAGUUCACAGAAAUCUACCUAACGAUCCUGUGGGACAGUACGUAUUUAACCAUAUUCGAUACCUUCCUGUUCGAUAAUCCACAUCAACGGAAUAAUCUGAGUCAGGAUUUCGGCGGUCGGAGAAUUCCAAUGGUACAUACUUGGCAGUGGGGUUCGCAACUGGCUCCUGGGGAUCUCCCAAUGUUCAACAACCCGAUUUACUCGUUACAUUCUGAAAAUGAGAAAACGACUCUAAAUAUGAGUGAAUCAACAAACUGUGAGGCAAACCAUCAUGUGGUGUCAAGCUCAAAAGAAAUGACAUCACAGUCUAAAGAUAUGAUGUCACAAUCAAGGGAUUUGAUUUUACCCUUAGCUGAGCUGCCAUUGGUCAAAUUCUGGUCAUAUUUAUAUUUACGCUGGCUCACGCCAGUUGUGAUUAGUGGAGGUGGUUCCGUUGAUGAGUAUCUCAGACAAUGUACAAUAUUAGAGGAAAUACAACAACUACGGAGUACGUUAGAUAAUCUGCAGACAAACUCAGUACUACGGCACCAUAAAAAGCCACAUUUGUUCACUUUAAAUCAUGUGACAUCGCCAACAAAACUACAUGAUGCCCUGACGUCCUCCUUCCCAUUCCAAACUGUGGGGUCCACACUGAACUCUCCGAGUGUUGUCGGGUCACCAGUGACGCCAAAUUUCAAGAGUAAGACUCCGACCCCCAAGCCCCAGGGAGGGGUUGUGUUGAAGCCUAAACACAACAAGAAAAAAUAAAAUGUUGGCUAGUCAAGCACUAGAUAAAGCAGUAACCUGUGUCAUACUUUCCUAUGCAAUGUUUCUGACACCCCUAUUUUGUGAAAUAGAAUGCUCCAUUGUAGCAUUUUGGACAAGUUCAUGUGUCGAUCAGACGAUAUUCAAGUUUUUUUUAGUUGAGACUUUAAUUCCGGGUGCUGUAAUUUGAAAGCAUCAUUACUUUUGAUGUCUUAUAUUCAGUUAUUGUUAUUUCCUGUUUUCGUGAUGUAACCCUCUAGUCUAAGAGUAAGUUGUAUUUAACAUAUCACUGAAGCUUGUGUGCUGCACCCACUUGAGAUUUUUAAAAUGGGCUGGCACCACCUAUGAAAACUCAGAUGAAUCCUGAAAACCCUUGGCCUGGGUAAGUUAAUACUUUGGCUCUGAUUUUGAACAGCUUCCCAU